AUGAUAAUUUGGUCAGCAAAACCAAAGGCGCCCCUUUUCAUGAGCGCUGGGCGGCGUCACUUCGCGCACUGGAAAAUCGAGCACACCGUGCCUCUUUACGAGAGAAAAAGUCGCGCCAAAUUGAAGAGAGAGAAACAGGUGAAAAAAUCGAAAGUUCAAAUUUUGCAUUUGGGUCGGAAUGCACGUUUAGUGGAGCCCUCCAGAGUCCGGGUAGGUAGUAGCUCCUCCUACAUAGCUGAUGCCGACCUUCCCCAUGAGGCAAUCCAAACGAAGGACAUCAACGUGGAGGAUCUGGCAGAACCAAAGUUGGACCAAUGGAAUGCGUCUUUACUGACGUUCACAUAUGCGAAGAGGCUAUUCUUCAUGAUAAGGAGGAAGGAGAACGAAGAGCUACUUAAAAAUGUGAACAACGCGAACUUGGUGCAUGUGUCUGUUUUCAUGGUGAAGAAGAAUGUGCGAUGUCGCUCUGUGGAGGAGGAGUUCUUGCGAAGGGUGGGCGAAGCGGUGGGCGAAGAAGUACAUGACGCGGUGGGCGAAGAAGAACAUGACGCAGUGGGCGAUGUAGUGAACGAUGCGGUUGUACAAACUGGAGAGGCGCCUUUCGGAGCGCCUGCGAGCCCCCCUGAUAACGACCUUUUGCGGGUAGACAACCUUUACCACGUGUUGGAGUUUAUCCAUCAUAUUGGCCUCAACAACAUCGCGAUGCGUCAACGUGGGUAUCACGCAUGGGGGUUCACUAAACUUAAGCGUAUCUACAAUGCGAUACUCAUCCAUUUUACAAACAAAAUGAUACUGAGCAAGGGAGAGAUCAUGGAGGUGCUCAGUCUAAAUGAUAAAUACCUGUAUUUCGACGAGUACCUUUUUGAUUACAUCGAUGGGAAUAUAGCAAGUACCUUCGACACAUAUGAUGAGCAUGAUAUAUCGUACCUGUGCAGACAUUUAAAUAAAAUACUAUUUUUUUUUUCUUUACAAAAGCAUGGGAUAAAGUGUGAUUGGUAUGUGCAUCGCUUGGUGAAAAGGUAUGUGUGCAAAAGUUUGGUUUGCUCACCUCAUCUGGAGGAAGAAAUGUGGAAUGGAAAGGAUGAAGGAGUAGUUCUCCCCCAUGGGGAUGACAGAGUAUCUAUCUGUUCAGAGGAUUCUCCCCCUUUACUCGUACACAAUUUCAAGGAGCGCAUCAGGAAGAGCUCUUUCGUAAGGACACUCAACAAGGAGCUAAGGAGAAGCGCACACGAAUACAAAUACUACAACCUAGUGGAGCUACUUGAGUUCUACACUCUCUUCGAAAUAAAGAAAAAAGAAAUGAUCAAGAGAUUUAUAAACGAGGUGGACAAGUAUAUAAAUAUCAUGAAGUAUGCUUACCAUGCGAAGGCAUUGAUUUUAUUCAGCUUGAAUACAAAAUACCUGGAUGAAGAAAAUCAAAAAAGCAUAAGACGCUUGAUCAGAAGAACUUCACAAAUGCUCCACUUCUAUUGGCCUGUAGAAUUCAUUCUAGAAACAAUUAUUGCUUGUUGUUCUUUUUUGGACAAGGGAAACAAGACUACACGGAAUUUAUUUUUAUACUUGAAGGCUAACAUUAAAAAGUGUAUCCAUCCGGUGUUGCUUGUGAAUCUCCUAAAAUCGCUAGCUUCAAGACAGAUUCGUGAAUUGACUGUUUGCAAUCAAAUUAUGAACUACGUAAAGGAGAAAAGAUACUUGAUCCACGAAUUUUACGUAGUACAGAUAUUAAAAUAUUUGUCUGUAUUAAAAUAUCCUAAUGAUGAUUUAUUUAUUUACUUUUUAAAUGAAAACCGAGCCCUUUCUCGAUUUUCACGGUUACCCAGUGAAUCCCUCGUUAGUCUACUCCAAGUGGUUAAUCACUACAGGGGAGUGCACCAUUCAGGGGGGGAGAAGGAAUUCCGCGUGGGAAAUGUUUUUGUACGCUCCAGCGCGUCGGUCUUCUUCUCGGAGUAUGUUAUGUUCCUCCUACUGAGGAGGAAUAAGCGGGGGAUGCAAAACAUAGUGCAUGAGGAGGCCAACAGUAGCUGUUCCACUGACCUUCCACAAAGUGCUUCUCCCAACGCCGACGCCUUCGUACAACUAUUGAACGCAUUGACGAAUUUAAAGGUUACCAACCAGGAUAUUCUACAGUACGCGGUGAGUUAUCUACAGGAAAAUCUAACACAGGUGAGGGAAAGGCACGUGGUUACUCUGUUCCAAUUCUUCUCGGAGCACUUAAUUAAUUGUCCAUCCGUGGGAGAAUCCCUCACAAGACAAACAUAUGUCUAUCUCCACCAGAUUGCAAAAAACACCAUAAUGAAGCUACCAGAGGAAUAUCUGAUUCACUGUGCAUUCUCCGUUUUGGCAUAUUACUUUUCUGAGAUCGUUUUGAACAGAAACAAGAAGAAUGUAGAUUUGCUGGAAAAAUUGAUGAUUAUUUUUGGAGACAAAAUAAGGGCAGGGUUAAAUAUCCUGACGGAGGAGAAUGAAGAGAAAAAGGCAUCCUAUGAACUGCUACACGUGAUAUCCGCUGUGCUAAAAAUUAUUUAUGAAAAAAUGGAGAGGAGGUUACCUGAUGAGCUGUUCAAUCUGUGCACACAUAUACAGAAGAAUUUAACUGCAGCGACGGGGGAGGCAGUUAGAGGAGGGGGAACAGAUCAAAAAAUGCCUACUGGAGAAUAUUUUAUUUUCUUCUUUUCAGAUCUUUUUAAGAGGAAGAAGAUAUCCCAUUUUGUUAACUACAUUAGUUACCCCUACACUAUCGACAUCGUCAUUCCAGGUCGGGGAGAGAAAGAUGGACUGGAUGAGGAAAGUAGAAAGCGUGCCCUCUUUUUAAUCAACAGCUUUGAUCAAAUGUACCUUAAGAAUGUUCCCGUAGGAAGAUUCUUUGACGAGCUGGAAAAGGAGCACAUAGGGGAAGAGGCGGACUACCCCACUACCGAGCAGCGAACAGUAGAGGCCAUCUACCAAAAUGAAGAAGUGCGAACAUGCUUGAAGCCUUAUGAAGCGAUUCGGGAGUGGUUCCUAAACAGCCAGAACUAUGCCGUGUCUUAUGUAUCGAUGGCCGAUUGGAAGAGCAAAUAUAUGUAG